AUGGCGGCCGUGCGCGCCGGGGCGGCGGAGCUGGGCUUCGCGGAGACGGCGCCGGCCUGGCGGCUGCGCAGCGAGCAGUUCCCCAGCAAGGUGGGCGGGCGGCCGGCGUGGCUGGGCGAGGCCGGGCUGCCCGGGCCCGCGGAGCUGGCGUGCGCGCUGUGCGGCCGCCCGCCGGCCUUCGUGCUGCAGCUGUACGCGCCUCUCCCCGGCCGCGCCGACGCCUUCCACCGCGGCCUGUUCCUCUUCUGCUGCCGCUCGCCGCCCUGCUGCGGGGGCCUGCGCGUUUUCAGAAAUCAGCUGCCCAGGAAAAAUGACUUCUACUCACAUGAGCCGCCUUCUGAUGACCCUCCCCCAGAGACGGGAGAACCCGUGUGUCUGAAGCUCAAAUCUGGGGCUCAUCUCUGCAGGGUCUGCGGCUGUUUGGGCCCCAAGACGUGCUCUGGCUGUCACCGGGCGCAUUACUGCAGUAAGGAGCACCAGACUCUGGACUGGAGAGCCGGACAUAAGCAGGCUUGUAGACAGUCAGAUAAUUUGGACAAUGUGGUUCCAGACCACAACUUCCUUUUUCCCGAAUUUGAAAUCGUAAUAGAAACAGAAGAUGAGAGUACGCCUGAAGUUUCAGAAAAAGAAGAUGAACCGGAGAUUAUAGGGAGCAUGGGUGAAGCACCCGAGGAAGAAUUGGAUUCCAUGGCAAAACAUGAAUCCAGGGAAGAUAAGAUUUUCCAGGAGUUUAAGGCUAAAGUAGCCCUGGAACCAGAACAGAUUCUCAGGUAUGGCAGAGGGCUUGCCCCCAUCUGGAUCUCUGGUGAAAAUAUCCCCCAAGAGAAGGACAUUCCAGACUGCCCCUGUGGAGCCAAGAGAAUAUUUGAAUUCCAGGUCAUGCCUCAGCUGCUCAACUACCUGAAGGCCGACAGGCUGGGCAGGAGUGUUGACUGGGGCGUCCUGGCCGUCUUCACCUGCGCUGAGAGCUGCAGCCUGGGCACUGGCUACGCAGAGGAAUUUGUUUGGAAGCAAGAUGUUACCGAUGCACCUUAGAAACACCCUCAGAACACCUUGAAAGUGCCCGUAAUCUCUCGGACCUUGCGCUUCCACGUUCAGGAUUCCAUCCUAGGAAAUUAUUUUAUCAGAGAGAGAGGCACGGAGCUGGUUUUGGCAUUGUUUACUAUGUAUGUCUAAAAAUUAGUGAAACAAAAGUGUCCAGUACGAAGGAAUCACAUCAAUUUUGGUGUAUCCAGGGGAAGGCUGUGCAGUUUUAAUGAUACAGACCUGAAUGCACACCAGAUAAGGUUCCGAUCUGGACUGGCACUGAAAUACCAUCGUAUUUGUACAUUGUAUGUGCGUGGAAAUAAACCUGGGAAGAUACGUACUAGGUGUGAACUGCUUAGCUGAAUGGUGGACUAAGUAAAAUGACCUUUUUACGUGUGUAUUCUUUCAAUAAAAAUGGGUUAUAU